AUGUCAUCUGCAUUAAGUCCUGAGGUGAUCUUUUGUAACGGCAGCCAGCAGAACACGACUGGAGCUGUCGACUGGACCAGCGUGUAUGAAGCAGUCAGGUGGAUUCAGCUCAUGAUGGCAGUUCUGAGCAUUCUCGGCUCGACCUCCAUCUUGGUUUACAUUACGUCCCAAAGACUCGCCAGCACACCCGAGCUGCAGCCUCUGUUCCUGCUCAGCGUGUCUGACUUCCUGUUGGCUCUCAGCUGGCUGGUUGGAGCCGCUGUCUUCACUCGGGACUUUGUCACAAACGCCAGCUGCUACCAACUGCACACUGUGGAGCAGAUUCUGUACAUGUCCUCCUUCCUCUACACGCUGAACUAUGUGUGGACAAUCUAUACGGGAAUCAGGAGGAAGAUGCACUGCAGUAUAAAUGGAUUCCCUGUCCAGCCCUCCAGCAGACUGACUGCUGCCAGCAAAAUCACUGCAUCACUUUCAGGGCUUGUCCCUGUCCUGCUGAUGACUCCAGUAUUGAUAGAAGGAAACCUAAGCCACUGCUACGCCAACUUCAGUCAACCCUACCGAUGUCUCCUGAUGCACACGGAGGCACUGUACCUGGACGCAGGGUGGGGAGACAAGCGUAGAGACUGCAGCCGUCUUCACACCUACCAUGUCACGGUCUUCCUCACUACCUUCCUCUUCACUCUCUCUGGAAUCAUGAUGUUCCUGGGAAAAGCCCGUCAUCUUUACAGGCGCAUAGUGACGUCGGCUGGUUACCUUGGUGACCGGCAGUGGGCGUCCUUCCGUCUCAUGGACAGACGGAUGUUCCUCUACCCAUCUGUCUUUGUCCUCUGCUGGGGUCCAGCAGUGUACCUGGCGGUGAUGAAGCUGUACUGGCCCACAGCUCUGCAUGGACUGGCUGGAGUCAUCAUUUACAUUGCCCAGGCCGUCACCUCUAGGUCUCAGGGCUUCCUUAACUGUCUGGUCUACGGAUGGACAAACAGACUCUUCCGCUCGGCCAGCAAGAGGACUUCUUCCAAGGAUGUGGACACACAGACGCCACUUCUCCAGUCUCAGAAGAAAAGCUACCAAACCCUACUGGAUAGGAACACACCACCACACCACGGACCAACAGUCAUGUCUUGUGACAAACAAACCAGAGCUGAACAGGCGUCAUGGGCGGUAUCGGAUUUUAUUUUCACUACAAGGGAAAGCACCCGGGUUCCUCCCAAGAAGAGAAUGGGCGAUGCUGACAGCUGCUCUUGAACCAGCAAGGCAGAAAAAGGGAAGGAGAGGGGGAUUCACACCAAGAGCAUAUGCAGUUGCUGAAACAGGAUGUGGAAAAAAGAUGUUGAAGUGAUACUUGGCGUGACAUCCUCUGUGUUGGUUUUAAAACUGAAAGGAUUGAGGCAAUGAUUAUAGCAGAUGUCAGUCCAAGUCACAAACCACAGCCUCUCAGAUGUUACCAGUGGUUUUUCUGAAGACUCCGCAUCAUCUAGGGGAAUUUCUGGAGGCAUUCUAGCGUGACGUGAUUCCAGCAGCGCGACUUCGCCCAACCGUGCAGAAAAUCCCUGAAGCCCCUUCACAUGUCACCGACAGAGAAGUCGUGACAUGUUACGGGCUCUGCGUGGGAAUGAGGCUUCAUGGCAUGGGACAUCUGUUGGACUUCAAACCUCUUCGGGCAUUUAGCCAGAAAAGGUUCAACAAUGAACUUCCUCUUGUGUUGCAAUUGAUCUGGGUUAAUAGUUCAUCCUCAUAGAUCAUUUUUAGCAAAUUUGUUAAAGAAUUUUGUUGCAUUAUUUGAGUUGGUGUUCUGUCUUUCUGUCUGUCUAUCAAUUUUAAGGGUACAAUGACACAAUACAUAACAAAUUAUCCUCAAUAGACCAACCCACACACCGUAUUUUUGUCCCAUCAUUCAGCUCAAAGUGUAUUUUAUUGGCUGUGAAGUAGCUCCUCACCUACUUUUGACCCCCACCCACUUGCACUCAUUGGACUGAACAACAUCCUCAGUAGGGUUAAGACAUUAAGAAACACUUGAAUCUUAGGGAAACAUUUUUUCCUAUAUAGAAAAUAAA